AUGUCAAAGAAAUCAGCAGCAGACGACAUUUGGAAGGGAAAUGUAGAAAAAAUCAACUCAGAGUUGUUCACAUUGACAUAUGGUUCCUUGGUUGCGCAGCUUUGUCGAGACUUGCACAACAAUUACCAUGAAGUGAACAACCAACUAGAUAAAAUGGGCUAUAACAUUGGUCUAAGACUAAUAGAGGAAUUUCUAGCUAAAACAGGUAUUAGGAGAUGUGCGACAUUUAAAGAAACGGCAGAUGUUAUAUCGAAAUUGGGAUUUAAAUUGUUUCUCAAUAUCCAGCCACAAGUAGACAAUUGGUCGACUGAUUUGAGAUCGUGUACCUUGGUCAUACCUGAACCAAACCCAUUAACGGAAUUUGUUGAAUUACCAGUAACGGUGGAUUCAAAAAUCGGGAAAGAGCUUUGGUACUCGCAAAUACUAUGCGGUGUUCUAAGAGGUGCUUUACAAAUGGUUCAACUAGAUUGUGAUGUGUAUUUUGUGAAAGACGUAUUGAAAGGAGAUGAGAGGACAGAAAUGAGGUUAAAAUUGAACAAAAUCUUAAAGGAUGAAGUGCCGGCGGGAGAAGAUUAA